AUCAUUGAUAAACGAAUAAUAAUAUAAUGUCUGAAUAAUUCAGUUUUCUGUCAUUAACAUGUUAUCAAAAAAUAGCGAUGUUUGUAGAAUACAUUGUACAUUUGGGUAUAGUUUAUUAGCAUAGGAAUCGAAAUAUAAGAAAAGUCUCAAACAAAAUGUUUAAACCUAAUACUUGGUCGGAAUAAGUGAUUGAAUAUUCAUACUAUUUUUGUACAUGCUUUCUAUAUUGCAGGAGUGAGAUUCCAAUUUAUCAAAGGAUUUUGUCAUCUUGGUAAAAAAAUAUAUAGAAAAGUGAAAUACGUUAAAAAUGAUAUGAAAAAUGGAUUAAGUCAAAGAGGAACAAUUUAUUAAAAAAUUGGCAAACGCAUUUCACAUUUACACUCAUUCAAAAUCUACUUUGGAAUGUCAAUAAGCAAUUGAAGAAGUUAAAUAGAGGAGGAAGAAAAUGCUUAUUUCUGAAGAGGAAAUCACUUGAGGAUAAUUAUUUAUUUAAUAAACCACACAACUUUUACAUUUAUACGGAAAAGGCUUGUUAACAUGUGACAUAAUUAAGUUGAAUUAGUAAAUAAUCUACAUGUAUCAAUUAAUUACAGAUAUUUUUAUGAGCUUAUUUCGGCAUGAAAAAUAUGUGUUAUACAAAAAGGAUAUGAAUAUUAUGAAUUAAAGCUGGAAUAGAUCUUUUAUAUAACAUGUGUUGUUUUUAAGUGAUUUUUCAUUGAUAAACUUUGUAAAAAGUAUUAGUUGGAAGAAUUUUAAAUAUGUCUGGUUUAUCAGGUAUCGGAGUAUUUUGGGCGUUUUCAUCUUUUAUUUCAUCUGUAAUAUUAUGUGUUGGAUAUUUUGUGCCUUACUGGUUGACUGGAAAGUUAUUAAUUCAGCUUAGAGGAAAAUCAGAACAAACCGUGCCUGUACAUUUUGGUAUAUUCCGUAGGUGUAAUUAUCCAACAAUAGAUUCAAAUAAGGAACUUUCUAUUGUACUGGAAUGUGGUAGAUACACGACUUUCAUGGACAUUCCGAGUGUAUCAUGGCAGAUAGCUUCUCUUGUAGUUGGGCUUGGAUGUUCGAUCUGCCUUCUUGUAUCACUGACAGCUAUGUUUGGUGUUUGUGUUAAAGGUGUUGUUAUUCCAACGGUGGCACGGACGGCUGGAGUUCUUCAAAUGUGUUCAGGUCUAUUAAUAGGUACAGGUGUUGGCAUAUAUCCGAAAGGUUGGGACAGCCCGGAAGUGAAACAAGCGUGUGGCAACACUUCUAAAUCUUACUAUUAUGGUGACUGUACGUUAUCUUGGUGUUUCUAUAUAACAUGUGCUGGCAUAGGUGUAACCUUGAUAUGUUCAGCUCUCGCUUUUCACUCUCCCAAACGGAAACACGUCGUUCAUGGUUAUGCAAUUUAGACUAUUACCUGAAGUUUCACCAUAAUAGGCCUAAGAGGAAACUGUGAAAGUCGCCCGAGGCAGCCAAAUUGAAAACGUUUUGCUCGGUUUGAUUGAAGGUUCAGAUAUAUACAAUGGUGAAGAAAAAACAAUAAAUGUGCAUUGAUUUUAUUGUUGAUAAAUUUGUACAAAAAAAUGUUUUAAAAUAAAUAAUCAUUUUAUUGUGUCUCCGGAAAAAGAAGCAAACAUAAUCAAUCCUUACUUUCUUUUACUAAGAGGAAUAGAGCCUUCACAAUAACACAACCGUAACAUAAUGAUAAACAACAUAUAUGUCGGAAGGAGCAAAG